AUGGCUUCCACCUUUCAAUACCUCCUCCUUCUCUUGCUCUUCAUCAUUGCUCCUUCUUCUUCUGCUAAAUCUUCUUUCAGACCCAAAGCCCUCGUAAUCCCAGUCACUAGAGAUGACUCCGCUCUCCUCUAUGUUACUCAAAUCCAUCAGAGAACCCCACUCGUUCCCGUCAAACUUGUCCUUGAUGUCGGCGGCCAAUUCGUGUGGGUCGAUUGCAAACAGAACUACACCUCCUCCACGUACCGCCCUGCACGCUGCAACUCCACCCAAUGCCACCUUGCCGGCGCAGACAUAUGCAGCGAAUGCUUUACGUCUCCCAGGCCAGGCUGCCACAACACCUGCAUCCUAUCGCCGGAAAACCCCCUUAAUGGCGUCGCCACCACCGGCGACGUCGGCCAAGACGUUGUAUCUGUCCGGUCCACUAACGGAUUCAACCAGGGUCGAAAAGUCGCCGUUUCCAGCUUCAUAUUCUCAUGUGCGCCCACUUCCUUACUAAGCAACAACCUCGCCGACGGUGUGUCCGGUGUGGCUGCUCUAGGUCGGACCAAAGUAGCUUUUCCUUCUCAAUUCGCUUCCGCUUUCAACUUUCCCAGAAAGUUCGCCAUUUGCCUCGCUUCCCGUAAAUCAAAGGGUGUUGUGUUCUUCGGAGACCGCCCUUACGUUUUUCGUCCGAACGUGAACGCCGCCGAAUCUCUCACUUACACACCACUCAUUCACAACCGACCAACCUCAGGUUUCGAUUUCGAAAAACGACAGGCUUCGUCGGAGUACUUCAUCGGAGUCGAAUCCAUCAAAGUCGACCAAAAAGUUGUGCAGAUCAGGAAAAAAUUACUGUCCAUAAACAAGAAAGGCCUAGGUGGGACUAAGAUAAGCACGUUGCACCCGUACACAGUUCUGGAGAAGUCGAUCUACAAGGCGGUGACGAAGGCAUUUCUUAAAGAAAUGGCUGCUCGGAACAUCACCAGGGUGACUGACGUUGUGUCUCGCUUCGAUUAUUGUUUCAGUACGAAGAACAUCGGAAGCACGCGGCUGGGCGCGGCGGUGCCGACCAUCGAAUUUGUGCUUCAGAAUAAUGUGACUUGGCCCGUUUUCGGAGCAAACUCCAUGGAGCCGACGUGGACUGAUGACAAUGUGCUGUGUCUUGCCGUGGAGAAUGGAGGCGACAGCCCCAAGGCCUCAAUUGUGAUCGGAGGCCAUCAAAUGGAGAACCAUCUUUUGCAGUUCGAUUUGGAUUCUUCUAGGUUAGGGUUCAGCCCUUUGCUCUUUGGGAAGAGGACUACGUGUGCAAACUUCAAUUUCAAGUCCGCCGCAUGA